AGUGAACGAGCCCGCGCGCAGGGAGGCUCGUGAACGCGCUCGGGUGCUGAUGUGAAGCGCCUCGAUUCAUCUCCGCCAGACUCGCAUAUAAACCACGAUGCGUCUGUACGGCGUGACGCUGCUGUCUCUGCUGUCUCUGGAGUCUCUGGCCGUCAGCACUGUCGGCCCCAGUAACUCGUCCAGCAGUUUCUGCAGCGAGUCCAAAGAAUGUCUUCAGUUCGAUCUGAUCUGCAGGACGGACGAGUACGAGGUCCGUCAUUAUUCGGCCACGCGAUGGGUCUCCACAGAUGCCGAGGCGUAUUUUCUCGGGGUCGGAGCCGCCAUGGCCUUCAGACGCCUCUAUCACUAUAUAUCUGGAGCCAACAAAGAGGGUGUAAAGUUUGAGAUGACGGCUCCGGUGCUUGUUGAAGUACCAGAGGAAGUGAAGAUGUGGGAACCGGCGAUCUACACGCUCAGCUUCCUGCUGCCAUCAGCCUAUCAGGAGCAUCCGCCCACUCCCACCAACGACAAGCUGUAUUUCUCUGACAUGCCUGAAAUGGACGUGUACGUGAGGAGUUACGGCGGCUGGAUGCUGUCAAUCACAUCUCGACUCCACGCCCACCUGCUGACCAGAGCACUGCUGAGAGCCGACGCCCACUUCAACCACACACACCACUACGCUGUGGGCUACGACAGUCCUCUGAAGCUGUUGAACAGGCAUAAUGAGGUGUGGUACGUGGUGGAGGGAGAUCCGGUCUGCGGACAGGGACACACACCUGAGCCGACUAACACACACUAAACGGGAAGCUGGUGAUCUUUCGCUGUACGAACGCGUUGAUGAAAUCGUUUCAUUCCACUAACAGCAGCCUGAAUCUCCUAUCAGUUCAUGUUCAGCAAUAACCAAACACGUCUGUGUAUUUAUGCUCGUAGUGAAUGUCAGUAAACCUCCAGAAAUGACUGUACAGUGUUUCAGUGCAAUAAUCCGCUUCAUCUCUCAGAUUUCUGUUUAUCAAUGGCUAAUAAACUUUGACUGCUGACA